AUGACACUGUUGCCGAGCGAGAACCCUCUACCGCUCGCCGCCGGCGUCGCGCUGGCGUUUGCGCUGGCGUGGCGGCAUUACUCGCGCACAGUCGCAAAGCAUGUCGCGGCGCUGGAAGCGCUCAGCAAGCGCGUCGAGCAGCUGGCGCCAGAGUUGAGGUCCGAGCCGUCGGACGGCGGCCUGCAGGGUCCGAUCCAGAGAGAGGCGCCUGUCCGCCGGACGCCCAGUGCUUUUUCGCCCACCAUCCUCCCGGCGGAGGGCGGGCGCGUGAGUGCGUCCGAGCAGCAGACGGCUGCGCUGUGCGUGGUCGUCUUUGGCGCCAUCAACAUGGACGUCAAGGCGACUGCCGAGGUGUCGACCUGGCCGGAGCACGACGUGUCCUGCAAAGGGCGCUUCGAGCAGUCUGCGGGCGGCAAGGGCGCCAACGAGGCGGUCGCCCUCGCGCGGCUCGGCGUCCCCGUCUCGCUCGUCGGCCGAGUCGGCGACGACGAGAGCGGCAGCUUCUUGCUCUCCGCGCUGCGGAGCGAGCGCGUCGAUGUGGGUGGGACGCUGCGGCUCGGGAGGACGGGGACGGCGGUGCACAUCGUCACCAAGGACGACUCGCGCAAGUUCAACGUCACCUGCCUCGAGGCGAACGGCGAGCUCGACAGGACAGACGUGCAGCGGGCGGUUGCGCUCGUCCGGCAGAAGGAGAGCGGAGAGAGGCGGGUGGUGGUGCUGCUGCAGCUCGAGGUGAGCCCCGUCCUCUCGCGCCAGCUCGUCAAGAAGGUGGGCGAGCGCUGCCUCGUCGCGCUCAAGCCGUCGCCACUCGCAUCCGACGAGAGCAAGCGGCAGGCGACGGCGGCUGCAAGGCCUCGCAACCCGCGCGCCCUCGCGCUGACCCGCCGCCGCACGCUGCAGGCGCGGCUGCUUCUCGACGAGCGGGUCGACCUGUGCUUCGUCGCCGAGAGCGAGGCGCUCCAGCUGCUCGACGACGAGGGCGGCGAGGAGACGCUCAUCUGCACCCUCUCCCAGGCGGCGCUUGCGAGGACAGACUUAGCGGAGCGCGCCGCCGAGGCGAUGCUGCGCCGCUGGCCACGCCUCCAGACAGUGGUCGUCACCUUCGCUGCCGGCCACCUCCUCUGCGAGAACCCUUCCUCCGGCGGCUGGCUCGGCGCCGCUCCGCCGGACGAGGCGCCGCACGCCCGAGGAAGCCCGAGCCUGGUGCGGCGCCGCGUCGAGUCGCUCGCAGGAAGCAGCCCUCCGGCGCGCCGCCGCAUGGAGUCGCUGGCCGAGAGUGCCUCGGCGCCGGUGCGGCAGCCGCCGUCGGCCGUGCAGCCGCUAGUGAUCCCGAGGUCCAAGUGCUCGGUCGUCGACGUGAUCGGCGCGGCCGACGCCUUCAUCGGCGGCUUCCUCGCGGCGCAGGCGGCGGGCAAGGCGAGCGGGGAGAGCCUGGGCCGGACAUGCACGCGCUCGACGCUGGCGAGCGGCGCGCGCAAGGCGGUGCCUCACUCCGCUGAUGAGCUGCUCGAGUUCCUCUGCGGCGACGACCAGCUCUACGACGCGGGCGCGUGCGGCUGCAAGGUGGCGGAGAAGGAGCACGCCAGCGCGGCGAUCACCGUGCUGCCGGGCGACGCCAAGGCGGACCCGUUCCACCUCCACCUCGCCGCCCUGCGCGCCGACCUUCACGCCGUGUGGGACAUGCUCCCCUCCUCCUCCGACGCCGCCGCCCCCGCCAACGAGCCGGCCCCGGGCUCGCACGGCUCGGCCGUCUCGCGGCUACUCUGCGCGCUGCAGCAGAAGGACUCGUUCGGCCUCACGCCCGCCCAGCGCGCGCACCAGGCGUGGCAGCUCUGCCCGCAGCAGCAGCAGCGGCACAAGCGCGCCUUCCUCGCCUGCCUCCGCCAACUCGUCGCCGCGCAGCUCCUCCUCGCCCCGUCGCGCGCCCUCAUCGAGGAGGUCGCCUCCCUCCGGCCGGAGGUGUCGCUGCGGCCCCGCCCGCCCUCGAGGUGCUCCAACUCCGACGGCGCCGCGAGCCGCGACGGCCGAGAGGCGGAGGCGGGCUCGACGGCCGCCGCCCUCGAGCGCCUCGGCGCGGCCCUCGAGCUGCCCCUCGUCUCGCGCCACGCCAUGUCGGAGGGGUCGUGGGCGGCGGGCCGCGCGCCGCUCUCUCCGAGGCGCAGCGUCAGCCUCGGCGAAAAGUCGCAGCGCGAGCCCUUUGCGCUCCCACCGAGCGAGGCGCCCCCCAACGGCGCCGGCGGCAACGCGGCGGGGGCGGACCGGUCGGCGAGCCGAGGCUCGAGCGGCGCCGUCGCAGAGGCGCGCUCCGCGCUGCCGGCGAGGCGAGCCUUGAGCCGCGCCGAUCCCCCCGCGGCUCCUCCUCCUUCCCUCGAGCUCGACCCGAACGAGGUUGCGGCGCAGAUGGUGCUCUCGAUCCUGCUCCUCCUCUCGCCGCCCGCCGCCGAAUUUGGCCCGCUCGUCGUGCACCACCACUCGUCGCAGCGCCAGCACGGCUCGGCCGGCCUCCUCCCGCCCGCGGCUCCUCCCGUCUUCGACGCGGAGGAGCGCUCCGCCAUGUUCCGCCUCCUCGCGCGCCUCCUCUGCCCGCUCCUCGAGCGGCGCGGCCGGGCGGGCGACGCGCUCUGCGCCGCGCUGCUGCGGGCGCGCGACGGCGAGGACGCUUCGCUGCUGCUGUGCGCGGCGUCCGCUGGCGCCGACGCGAUCGUGCGGUCGCUCCUCCUCCUCUUCGAGCGCGAGGGCACGCGCGCCGAGGUGGAGCUCCGCGACCGGGCCGGCCGAGGGGCGCUGCAGCGCGCGUGCGAGGCGGGGCCGUCACGGGAGCACUUCGAGGGCAUCGGGCUGCUGCUGCGGCACCUGCUGCCGCUCGAGAGCUCGCAUGGGCUGCCGCUCGAGAGCUCGUGGCUCAGCCGCGCCCCCUUCGAGGGGCACGAGUGGCUCGCCGCCGUGACGGACCUCAACCGGCUCUACACGGGCGACACAAACAUCCCGGGCACGGUCGACGGGCGGUACUGCGUCCGCGGCAGCACGUGCUCCGAGUACGUCAAAUUCGCCUUCGACACGGACGACUCGCGCAACGUCGUGCUCAAGUUCUUCGAGGCGAGGGAGCCGUGGGAGCUCGAGGCUCGCGUUCUCGUCGGGCUCAGCCGCAUCUUCGAGCGAGGCCAGACCCACUCCGACGGCGAGGGCGGCGGCGACUCGCUGCACGCCGCGCCGCGGCUGCUCGAGCGCAUCGACCUCUCCGGCCCGCGCAGCUUCACGCCGCUCCCGUACGUGCUCGUCCUCGAGGAGGGGAACCGCGCGCCGCUGGUGGCGACGCAAGACUCGGAGCUCGAGCGGGUGGCGGUCGUGUCGCGGCUGCUUCGCUGCGCGGUCGAGCUCGAGGACGACCUCUACGCGCCGACCCCGAGGUCGGUGGAGAGGGCGGCGGCCUCAGAGACGGACGAGGCCGCCGGCCGCUCCAUCGCGGUGCACUGCGACCUCAAGCCGUCGCACUUCCUGCGCGUCGGCCGCCACUAUGGCUGGCGGCUGAUCGACUUUGGUUCGGUGCGGCGGGAGGGUGCGGAGGUGCGGAGCCUCGAGUACACGCGCGCCUACUGCGCGCCCGAGGUGGCCGAGGCGGAGGCGAGCGGGAGGCCGCUCGUCGUGACGCGCGCGAUCGACGUCUGGGCGCUCGGGCUCAUAGUCUACGAGAUCUUCGCCGCCGAGCCGCUGCUGCGCGGCUGCUUCUCGCCGCGCGCGCAGCGCGAGGGGGCGACCGGCGCGGCGGCCGACGAGGCGGUGCACGCCGAGUCGCUCCCCUUCAGCAACGAGGAGUGGAAGGAGUACGUCGCUUGGCUGGCGAGCGGCGGCGCGGCGGCGAUGAUCGCCAAGCUCGAGGCCAACGAGAAGCAGCUGCCCGAGGCGCUGCUGCACAUGCUGCGCCGCAUGCUCAAGAAGGCGCCCGAGCAGCGGCCCACGCUCGCCGACCUGCUGCGGCUCUCGUACCUCAAGCCGGGCGUGGCGACCGUCAAGCGGCAGCAGAAGACGCUGCUCGGCCUCUUCUGUUGCCCCUCCAAGGGCCGGCAGCGCCUCGACCUCGAGCGAGACAUGCGCACAGUGCUGCGAGCGCUGCCGGUCGGCGAGCGAGAGAUCCGCGCGGCGGCGCAGUUCCCUACCGACCUGCUCGGGCCGCUGCGGGGCGACGCGCGCAACGAGCCGAUCCGGCCGCGCGUGCUCCACUUCUCGUGCCACGGCACCCCGGACGGGCGCCUGCUGAUGGAGGACUCGGAGGGGCGCGCCUUCACCGUGAGCACGCGCGAGCUCGUCUGCACGCUCGAGGAGUGCCUGCAGCUGCAGGACGGGAUCGAGUGCAUCUUCCUCAACCUCUGCUCGUCGCACCACAUCGGCGAGGACAUCCACGCCGGCUUCCCGCACCUCUACGUCGUCGCGUGGAGGACCGUGGUGCAGGACCGGGUGGCGCAGGCCUUCGCGAGGGAGUUCUACACCUACCUCGGCGUGGAGAGCUCCAAGGGCAACCGCGGCUCCGUGGCCGAGGCGUACGCCGCGGCCGAACGCGACUUCCACGCCAAGUACCGGGAGGGCGACCCGACGGUGUACGACGAGGCGGGCAACCGCACUGGCAAGAAGGACAGCUCGGUCCACGGAGUCCCCAUGCUGCUGCGGCCCGUGGGCUGGUCGUAG